AUGAGGUUGAUAUAUACGUACGCUAUCCCAGUUGAGACACAAAAUCAACAGCUACGAGCCAAGAAACCCCAAAUUGUGGCGGUUGGUACCCACAGCGAGAGCCUAGAAGGGACCAGUGAAAACAAGAAGAAACAGAUUAAAGAACAGUUUAAAAUAAUAUUCAAUGAAAUCAAAGGCACGCCAUAUGAAUGUCACGUGGUGAGGGAAAUGUAUGCCAUCGACAACAAGUUUCCAUUGAAAAGUGUGAUGCUGGAGACUCUCAAACAAGAUGUCGGCGGAUUUCUCAAAGCGAUGCCCAAAACAAUUCCACUUAAGUGGCUUGAUUUCCAAAGUAAAAUCCAGGAGAUUGGUAGGACAGCAAUACGCAUGACUUAUGUUAAGGUUUGUGAAGUUGCCACUAAGUGUGGAAUUUCUGUGGAGAACCUCAUUCACAUCCUCAAUUACCUACAUGAUCUUGGAAUCAUUCUGUACUUUGAGAACAACAGAAUACUGAAGCAUACAGUGAUAACAAACCCACGGAAGCUGAUUGAAAUCUUCAAGAAAAUCAUCACAGUGGUGGAACCUAAUGACAGUGAUAAGGUGAGUUAAUUAGAAACUAAGUUUUCUUGAUGAAUUGAUUCUUGAACAAGAUACUGUGACAAAAGCUCUCUAAUGACUCAAUGUAAACUAUAUUUUAUCGUAUCUUUAUUUCAUGACAUUAAGGUUUGUGAAGUUGCCACUAAGUGCGGAAUUUUUGUAGAGAACCUCAUUCACAUCCUCAAUUACCUACAUGAUCUUGGAAUCAUUCUGCACUUUGAGAACAACAUAAUACUGAAGCAUACAGUGAUAAUAAACCCAUGGAAACUGAUUGAAAUCUUCAAGAAAAUCAUCACAGUGGUGGAACCUAAUGACAGUGAUAAGGUGAGUUAAUUAGAAACUAAGUUUUCAAGUAUUCAACCUUAUAAGCUGGCAGUCAGAGCAGAGGCAAAUUGUUGUGGCCGGUGGCAGGCCGACACAAUUUAUUAUAUCCAUAAACACUCCAUCCAUUCCCUUUAAUACAACUCAUUAUCUCUUGUCAAAAUAUGUUAUGAAGACAGUAUGAUAGACCUUGUUUUUUUUUUAAUAGUGUAUUGGAUUUUCAAGUAUUACAUCUAUCUAAUAGUUUUCCUCCACUUAACCAAACUGUAAUUUUACUCUGAAAUCUAAAUGUGUCUUCAAAUUCAGAAGCUUACUUUUGUAAAAUUACAAAGUUCUGAGGUGAAGUCACACUCAUAUUAAGGCUAAUGUUAAUGCACUACACAUAA